AGUCGCAUCGUGCAACACUGACCUGUUACUAUCGUGGUGUCUGACGCGCGUUAUCGACGGCACUCUGCAAGCAAUACAACACCCUCAUGACAAUGCAGCUACACAAGCCGUUUACUUGCAGCCAGCUUGGGCAGCGCCGCGUCGCUUUCCAGUCAGGAAGUCGACCAGCUGUGGUUAGGCGGCAGGUAGUUUGCCAAGCUGCGAAGGGCUGGCAAGGCGACCGGGAGGAGAAGCUUGCUCCCAAGGAAGUUGUGCUUCGCUCGGUUAAUGCUGUGGUUCUAGGCGCGUUGCUCACCGUUGGCGCUGCACCACGGCCUGGUAAUCUGGGCAUUCAGGACUACGGAGCCGGCAUUAAGACGCUGUCGCUGUGCCCGCGCACUCCCAACUGCAUCGCAACAUCAGAGGAGGGCAAUGACCGCGAGCACUACGUACCACCCUUGACAUACAACCCUGAGGAUGGUCGCGGACUGAAGGGGCCAGUCAGUCAGGAUCAGGCCAUGAAGGAACUCGUGGCUGCGGUCCAGAAGCUCAAGCCCGACGGCUUCACACCCAAGAUCGUCAAGCAGACCAAGGACUACCUGUACGUCGAGUACGAGAGCCCCAUCAUGGGAUUCAUCGAUGAUGUGGAGUUCUGGUUCCCACCCGGCCCCGGUUCCCGAGUGGAGUACCGCUCUGCCUCCCGCAUCGGCGAGUCAGACGCCAACAUCAACCGCAAGCGCAUCCGGGCUAUAAGGCAGGAGCUGGAGACCAAGGGAUGGCGCAGCACUGGCUUUUGAGCUGCUGGGCAAUAGCAGCUAGUUACGAAAGUCCUAGGCCCGCCGGUGUUUUGGUCCUCUCGUUUUGGGGUCUAAAACCUGUGUAGGUUUCAUGGGAAGAAGCAAGGAGCGGUCUGUUGAUUAGCAGGCUUUGUGAACUCGAGUGUGCAGUUUGGUCAGGAGGUUUGCGGCUGGCAUCGCCAUGAGGAGUGGCCGUCUGCAGGGCUGAGCGCCCGUAAGGGUGCGCCCUGUGUGUUGUAUGCAUGAUUUUGAGAAAUGCCUGUCUGCAGGAUGUGGCUUGCAGUGCUGGGAUGUCGGUAGGAGACAUUCGGGUGUCUUCGUCGUGUAUUGCGGGCAUAGCAUGUUCACAGUGGUUCUAAAUGGCGUGCUGAAACGUAAGGAUGUCCCGGGAUGUCACCAUAUGAACGCGGCUAUUCGGGAGUUCGCUGGUGCAAUGGUAAAGAAACAAUCCUCUAAUUACGUUAGGCAUCCCAGUAGAGGCGGAACCAAGCAGACGCACGUAAUGAGACCUCCAACGGAUGUAUAAUAAUAAAGAUAAACA